AAUUCAUGGAGGCGAGCGCUACUUAAGCUGUAGACCACCAGGAUAACCAUGUAGGGCGACCUGCUGACACCGGGAAGCAAUGGUGAGAGAAAACGGUCUGCUCACGACGCCGGUUAACGGUUAACGAUAGUUCGUCGCCUUGCUAGUUAGCUAACUAGUUAGCAUGAACCGGAGCCAUGUCUAGUCGUAAUCUCCCCCCGGUGCAACACCUGCCUCAGUGGACUCGAGUCGGGCGAUUCGGGAAGUCUGACACUCCGCGAUAUUUACCGGCGAGCCAACCGCAACAACUGCCUGUCGCCCCGCCGGCGAUCCGGGGAGCGUGCGGUGCGGCGGGGGCGUCCCGCCACGGCGACGUGGACCCCCGCAGCGCGUCGGUCCAGAAGAAUAUCCAGUUCCUUCAGCAACAACACAAGGACACUCUCGAGAAGCUCCACGCAGAGAUAGAGUAUCUCAGACGGGAGAAUAAAGAGUUGCAGUAUAAGAUGAUAAUGGAGCCUGCAAAUUCAAGUAGAAAAGGCAUCCUCAGAACAGAAAGGCUAUGUUCUUGUUGUUGGUCUCUCAUCCUCGGCCAAUUAGGGAAGACAUACAGUCGGAGAGGCGCUAGACCACCCACUCAGGGAAGUGAAGCUCAUACGGGACUCUACCUGGAGGAGCAGCUGCAGGACACGCGAACCUCACAGGACCAAGCACAAAGCAGCAUUGGAGAGGGCAGCGACGUUCUGGGAUCUGCCAGACCGGACCAUAGCCCGGACAUGAAGGGGGGCCUCCUCACCUCAUUACAGCCGCUACGAAUCCACAGCCAUCCCUCCCAUCCGCCGCGCGCUCCCACACUGCAGGAGUGCGAGGUCAUCAUCCGGCAGCUCUACAAUGCUAACAGUUUACAGUCUCAGGAAAUUAUUCGUGUGAAGGCGUUGCUGAGAGAUAUUGUCUUGAGCAAGAAAAUAACCUCGGAAAAUCACAUUCUGACCAAGGCGUACCUUGUUGAUGGUACCCGCAAAUCUUCAGAAGAAAAGAAAUUUCCAAAACUUGGUGUUCAAACAUAUCCGGAAAAAACGGCUGGACCCUCUCAUUCUGGUGUGGUCCUCCCGGCCCUCAAACAGAGCCUCAGCUCCACCAUCGCAGACCGAAAGAGGAGGACCCGGGCGGUGCAGAGGGACCGCUUCAAAAGGACGGUGCAGUGACGGGAUCAGAACCUAACACAGCUGCUAAGAGCUGGGGGCUUUUCAUGGUUGUUCUAAAAAGCCCUUUUCAGUUAUUGAUAUCCAUUUGAAGUAUUUAUAGCCUAUAAAAUGUUUUUUUAAGAUGUCGAUCACGGGUACAGAAAUCUACUCUCGUAGGACACAUAAUAUGAAAAGAUUUUUAAAAAGGUCCAUAGACUUUAAAAGCCUUUAAUUUUGCACACACAAAAAGAAGAUGAAACAUGGUCCCAAAUCUACCUUUUUACUGGAAAUUGUAACUGUAUUUAUUAAUUUGACCUUUUUUAGUUUAGUUCUCACUGCACUUUUGUUGUAAUUCUGCCAAAAGGAUGGUGGAAUUGUUGUAUAUCAUAUAAUUGUAUAUAACCAAUCACAUGUUACGUUUAGCUCAGUGUUCAAAAUGUUCACCAAUGCAAACAACCACCGUAAAGUCUUUAACAGCACAUUAGUUAAUGAAACAGGAGAGACUCUUCAGGGUUACUUCUCAGGCACUUUUUGUAUUUAUUUAUUGCUGUAACUGGCCUGUUAUCGGUCUUGCACCUGCAGCACAGCUUAGCGCAACAAUACAAAACUCUAUUAAAAUGAUCAGCAAUCUA